GGGGAUAAGCUAAAUAUACUAUGCGUAUAUGCACCAACGACUGAAGGAGUGCAGGAACGGAAAGAUUUCUUCCAAAAGGUCAAAACCUUCUAUGAGACACAUCGUGAUGUGCCCAAACCACAGGUAAUGGCGGGGGACUUCAACAACAUUGAGGAUGCGAUUGACAGGCUGCCCGUGGGAGAACAGCCCGACUCAUCCAUUGCGGACCUGGAUGGGCUAAAACAAGAUUUGAAUUUAAUGAUGGUGGACGGCUGGCGUGCGACGUACCCAGAGACCAGAGACUACACCUUCUAUCGAACUCUGAAUGAGCGAGCAAUUCUAUCAAGACUGGACAGGAUAUAUACCACGGAAGAGCUGUGGACGAUGUCGAGAGACUGGAGAAUAAUGGAAACAGGAAUCAGCACAGACCACAAGAUGGUAUCAGUCCAGUUAGCUACAAUGAACUCGCCUGUAGUCGGGCCGGGCAGGCCCAUUUUCCCCAUCUUCCUGCUAAAGGAGAAGAAGCUUAAGCAGAAAAUGAAAGAGCGAGGCAUGAGAGCAAUACGAGACCUACAAAAACUCGAAGCCGGAGAACCGAGAACGGAGACGUUCAACCCGCAAACAAUCCUGCAUGCUAUGAAAAGCGACAUGAUGAAGGAUGCCCGCAAAAGAGAAAAGGAAACGGUUCCGAAGCUACUUGCGAAAAUA